GUCCCAAAUGUCAAAUGUCAUUAUGUAGAAGUUGCUCGACAUGGACUAUGAUCAACAAACUUAGUCAAAGUCAAAUUAAAACUUUGGCCUUGGUGUGAUUUUAGAAUUAGCUAGUUGUAGUGUAGUUUAGUUUUGAGUGGAAGCGUUUUGUACUUUCAUCAGUUUUAUUUAUAGGUGGCUAUAUUGGCAUUCUACCAGGAAAUUUCGCAGUAAAGCGACAUUUCCUUAUUCCUCUUGUUUGGGUUAUGGAAUUAUGAACUUAUAUAAGAGUAAUUUAUUAUUUUACAAUCUAAUUAAAAAUGGGUGCUUACAGUAAAUUUAUCAAUGCCUUUAAGAAAUAUCCCCUUUUAAGGGGAAUGGCGUCCUAUAGUAUUAUCUGGCCAGGUUCUAGUUUAAUACAGCAAACUGUUGAAGGCAAAACAAUUGAUAACUAUGAUUGGUGGAGAUGUGCUAGAUAUGGUCUCUAUGGGUCUUGUUAUGUCGCCCCUACAUUGUAUAGUUGGCUAACAAUUGCUAACAUAAUGUGGCCAGGGAGUUCAAUACGAGCAGGUAUCAUAAAGACCUUUGUGGAAACAAUAACAUACACACCAUUUGCAAUGUGCAGCUUUUAUUUUGGUAUGAGCUUACUUGAAUCAAAGCCCUUCCAUGAAGCUAUUGCUGAAGUUGAGGCCAAGUUUCUGCCUACAUAUAAGGUAGGUGCCUCUGUGUGGCCAGCUAUUGCUAUGAUAAAUUUCUGCCUCAUUCCUCCAAGAAACAGAGUGCCUUUUAUUAGCAUGUGUAGUCUUGUAUGGACAUGCUUCCUUGCAUAUAUGAAACAUUUAGAAAAAGAGAAAGUUGCUGCAACAGCAAGUGUAAGCCCCAUAAAAUUACUAAAAGUAACUUUAUGAGAGGACAAUUAUAAAUUAGCAAAUUUUUAGAUGAAUUCAAUUUUAUUUUAUGCAACAUGUUAGAUUGUGUUAUUAUUUAUUUUAGAUCAAUUGUUAAUAAUUCCAUCUCAAGUAUGUGUGAUAUUUAAAUAAUUUAUAGUUAUGCUUCUAAAGAUCUUGAUAUUAUUUAUUUCUGUGUUUAUAUUUAUACAAACAGUAUUUACAAAAAAGUAGGAUAUUAAGAAAUUAAUACAUAUUGUACUGGUUGUUGGAAUAAUUGGGUUUAUUGAUUAUUUUAUUUGAUUUUAUAGUUAAAUAGUAGGUAGGUAAUUGACGAAUUGGAAACAAAGAAAUCUCAAUCAAAAAUAACCAAACCCAACUAUUCUAAUGAUUACUUUUACAUUUAUUUUAAGUGUAGUAUUUUCGCUUCUGCAUAUUUUCAUUUAAUGAAACCAUGUAAGAGACAAGAAACAGGGUGAUUAAAAUACAUUUCAACUACAAGGUUCCAACAUGAAUAUUAUAUAGAUUAAGUAAAUAAAAACAUGAAUGUGUUGACAAUAAAUUUAAUGUUGUUUUAUUGAAAUCUUAGUUAGGAUUGUAUUUCAAUAUCUAGUAAAGGUUAUGGUCGGAAAAUAGUAGUGUGACACAUGUACACGAGUACUGAAUAAG